AUGCAUCCUCUGUUUCUCCCUUCUUCUUCUUCUUCCUCUGCUCUGUUUCUACUUCUUCUCCUUCUCACUCUCCAAACACUAACUUCCAUCUCUCUCUCUCAGCCGGAAGCUCUCCCUUCACCGGAAUACUGCGGAAACUUCUCCGUCUCCUUCCCUUUCCACCUCUCCUCCUCCUCCUCCAUCGCUUUCCGUCUCUCUUGCAUAAACUCGUCGACUCUGUUUCUUCACAUAAACAACAAAACCUACCGAAUCAUCGAGUUCUUCACAGACGGUCUCCUCGUAGACUUCCCUUCAUCUCCUUCUUGUCGCCAAUUCAACGACUUACGCUCUUUUACUUUCCCCACAAACCCUUUCUUCUCCAUCUCCUUCGAAAACGUGAUCGGUCUAUACGACUGCGAAGAUUCCUCUCUCUGCAAAGCUGGUUGCGAAACCAACGAUCUCUUCGGCUGCGACGGAAGGGAAGAAGACGAAACAUCCGGCGGAGAUAUCGGAUGUUGCUACCCUUUGUCCGAUCACAGCGCGUGGCGAGCCGGCGACGAUUUCUCUGUUUUCGGUAAGUACGGAUGCAGAGGAUUCUCUUCUUGGCUUGUUCCGAGAGGCACCAACACCGGAAAACGUGGAGUUAAGUUAGAGUGGGCGAUCCCGAGAAACUCCUCUGAGGCUAUUUGUGAUCCUGAGGCUCGAACUGUUAACGCUACGGCCGUUGAAGGUAGUGUCCGAUGCGUGUGCCGUGAUGGAUUCGUCGGCGAUGGGUUCCUCCAUGGAACCGGUUGCUUAAAGUCUUGCUACAGAGAGGGAAAAGAAGUGUAUGGAGACAAAUGCGAGAUUAAGAAACAUAACGGGAAGAAACUAACCGUUUUAGCUGGUGUUUUAGCUCCUCUGUUCAUACUCGGCUCACUCUUAGCACUCUUCUGUCUCUUAAGACGUCCGGUGACAAGUACUCACAAAGGUCAACAUGAGUUUGAUCACUCUACGCCAACAACAACCACAAGUGUUUCGUUUCGCAAAGGUUACAACAAGACGCGUCUCUUCACAUACCGUGAGCUAGAAGAAGCCACAAAAGGGUUUCAAGACAAACACAAACUCACACAAGGCAAAACCGGAACCAUCUACUCAGGCAAUCUAACAAACGGGACACGAGUCAUCGUCCACAAGGUUCUCUGCGAAAGCCAGAUCGAUUUCUUGGAGAUCACGUCACAGAUCGAUCAUCUCUCCGCGGUUCUGCAUAGAAACCUCGCGAGGAUCAUAGGGUUCUGCAUGGAUAUUGGACACAACCCGUUCGUUGUUUACGAGUAUCCUGUAAACGGAUCUCUUGAAGAUCGGUUGCGUCUAGGGCUUGACUGGUGCAAGAGAGUCAACAUUGUAGCUGAAGUCGCGGGAUUGCUCGCUUUGCUUCAGUACGAGAACUAUCCACCGAUUCUACACAACGACAUUGGUUCUGGUUACAUCUUCUUAGACGAAGACUUUCAAGCUAAAGUCACAGGCUUUGGACUACAGAGGAAACAGAGGAAUAUUGAUACUAGUGUCUACGAUUUCGCGGUUUUGCUUCUCGAGAUUGUUACUGGAUCGAAGCAGAGAGAAGAGACGGUGGCUCAAGCGUUUCAGAGGAUCAGAAGCGGUAAGCUUGAAGAAAUUGUGGAUCCUGCUUUGUAUUUUCAUGAGCAGCCAGUGGUUUUUAGAGAGCAGAUUGGUUUGGUCGCUGAUAUCGCGACUCGGUGCGUUUUGUUUGGUGGUGAUGGGAAGUUUGGAAUGGUUGAUGCGGCUAGAGAGCUGUUGCAGAUCGCUGCUAGUAAUAAUAGCGGUGGAAGCGGUUGCGAUAAUAAGAAAGGAGAUGGGAUUGAGGAAACGUUUUCGAAUUCGAGUUUGCUUCAAAUGAUCUCUAUGUCUCCUGAUUCUAUCUAUCUCCCUAAGACUUGA